CGACAUCGAUUAUACCUCCUAUGAAAUGAUCGAGUUCUCGCGCACUUUCUUCUCGACAUUGUGUGUGUAUAUUCGCUCAGCUGUUCUGGUUAGAAGCAAUCGCGGUUCAUCUGAUUGCACAAAUUUUCGAAGCUUUGGAGUUUAUUUUUAGUACCAGUGCCAUGUCGUCUUGGUAUGAUCCUCGUGGAUUUUUGCUGCGUAAGAGCAUGUUACUAGCUCUUUGAUUUGGUCUAUACAAAAAAAGAUUUUUUUGGUGAUUGACAAAUUUGUUCGUCACUCACCAUAGAUAUCAAAAAUUUGACAUUAAUUUAGAAUCGAUGUACUCCGAAAAUUGACGCUUAAAUUUAACGAUAACAGUUAAGAAAUAAUCAUGAAAAAGACACGUUCAAAUAUAUUUCGUGACAUUUAUUAUCAGCCAUACAAUGAUUAUACGAGGAUGAAGCUUUAUUCCAGCAGUAAAGCAAGUCUUCAAAUGAUGCAGCGUAUGGCAUUAUUGAAAAGAUUAAAAGUUCAUAAUGGUUGUGUAAAUUCUGUUUGCUGGAAUGCUACUGGAGAAUUGAUAUUAUCUGGUAGUGAUGAUCAACAUCUUGUCCUUACAAAUGCUUAUAAUUAUGAGGUAUUAACAGAUUAUAAAACCAGUCAUAGAGCGAAUAUAUUUAGUGCAAAGUUUCUGCCUAAUAGUGGAGAUCAUCGGAUAGUUUCUUGUAGUGGUGAUGGUAUUAUUUUAUAUACAGAUUUAAUAAGAAGAACAAAAACAUUUAAUAAUCAAUUUAAUUGUCAUGUUGGUACUACAUAUGAAAUAGCGACAAUACCUGGCGAACCGCAUAAUUUUUUAAGUUGCGGAGAAGAUGGAACUGUAAGAUGGUUUGAUCUUAGAAUAAAGGAUAAAUGUAAUGCUUCAAGAUGUACAGAAGAUGUAUUAGUUUCGUGCGAGAGAGCUAUAACUGCUCUCUCUGUAAAUCUUGCUUCACCCCAUCAAAUAGCAAUAGGAUGUUCUGAUAGUACAGUUAGAAUACUUGAUAGAAGAACACUUGGAACACCCGCUACUGGAUGGACAGAUACACCUGGAGCAGUAAAACCUUUAUGUACUUUCACUGUUCCUGAGUUUGAAGGAAAUUCUUAUAGAAUAACAUCUUUAAAUUAUAGCCCUGAUGGUCAAGAUGUUCUUGUUAGUUAUAGCAGUGAUCAUCUUUAUUUGUUCAAUGUGAAGGAUCAAGCUAGUGUACAGUUAAAGAAAGAUAUCGCAGUUAGAAAAGGAGAAGGUAAGAAGCAAAGAUUACGUUCGCCAUUACCAGUACGUAGAUUAAGACUUAGAGGAGAUUGGUCUGAUACUGGUCCUGAUGCUCGACCUGAGUGUGAGGGAGGUCGACGUAGCGGUACAGAAAUUGCUCAAGCCAGACCUGUUCUUCAAACAUCGUUAAUGCAAAGAAUGACGGAUGUUCUUAGUAGAAUGUUAAAUGAUCCAGCUACUAGAGCUGCAUUAUGUGGCGGUGGCGAAGAUAGUUUGGAAGGUGUGAUUGAUCAUCAAGAUAAUACUCAAAACAGCAACGAAAAUGUUACAGAAUCUAGUGAAGAAAGACGGGAUAACGAGAUUGAAAGAAUGGAAAGAACUCAGAUUCAAUCUAAUCAAGAGCAUCAAAUGGAUAAAUCUGAAAAUCCAAGUACUAGUGGCAUGCAAAAUAAUCCUGGAACAAGUCAUUCCAUGGAAACAAAAGAAAAAAUAUUAUCUAAUAAUACUAUGCCUUCAAAUCAAACGAUGAAGGAAUGUUCGCCAGUCGAACUCAAAUCAAAUAUUCCUAUGGAAAUUGAAUCUAGUCUUGUAGAAACUCAAAAGUUUUCUACACAACCGUGUUCAUCGCAUACUUUGGAUAAGACCAAUGAUAUACCAGAAGAUGAUCAAAGUAGCAACGAUGAUUCGCCUUGUAGCAGUAUGGAAAAUAAACAGGAAGGACAUAUGAUGGAAAAUCUUCAAGAUAGAUUGACGAAAAUGAGAGUUGGGUUUCUUGAAAAACACGGCAGCGAACCUGCUGUAAGUUUAACUUAUACGGAUAAAAGUUCAACAAGCGCAACGAUAUCUCUUGGUGUAGCUGAUGAAAUGAUCCGUGAUGGUUAUCACGCUGGACCAUCUGGAACUAGUGGAACAUUCUCAGGCAAAAAUCAUGACAAACAUAUACGAUAUAAUGAUAUACAAGAAAAGACUGAUGAGAGCGCUUUUAGUGAUAGCGAUGAUGAAGAUAUACAAUCUGAGGAAAGAUUAGAAAGUUCAGCUGAAACUGAAAUGGAAGAGGCUAUUGGAGAUGUUCGAACACGACGAGAGUCCGUGACUUUCGAUAAAACUAGUGUAACAGAACUUCGUGUGAAGCAGAAAUAUAUGGGGCAUCGUAAUGCUAGUUUCUUUAGGACUAUGAUCAAAGAAGCAAACUUUUGGGGCAACGAUUUCGUCAUGUCGGGUAGUGAUUGUGGCCACGUCUUCAUAUGGGAAAAAGAUACGGCCAGAUUGUGUAUGUUAUUGGAAGCCGAUCAACAUGUCGUUAACUGUUUACAACCACAUCCGUACCUGCCAUUACUGGCCACAGCCGGUAUUGAUUAUGAUGUUAAGCUUUGGGCACCAAUAAAUGAAGAAUCCAGUUUUGAUGAAAAGUUUGCUGAAGAUUUGAAAAAGAGGAAUGCAGUCAUGUUGGAAGAAACGAAAGACACAAUGACUGUGCCGGCUGUUUUUAUGAUUAGAAUGCUGGCAUGUCUCAAUCAGAUACGCAGAGCUAACGAACUAAAUCACGGUAUGGACAGGACGCGGCCGGAACAGGAGGAGGAGCGGCGACGAGACCGGCGAAUUACGAGGUGGUUAAGAUGUUUCCGGCGAUAUUGUCGUCUGUGAAGAUCCGGGAUCUCAAUUGAAGCAGUCCUUAUCGCGAUGUCGACUGAUCAGAUACUUCGAAUUUGCCUUUGAAAAGAAAAAAGGAAAAAAAAAACGAAAAGAAGAAAAAUCGAGAACAAAAAAACGAAGAAAAAAAAGUCCGUAUAUUUAUGAUGUAUUAUUGCAAAAAUAAUUCAUUUAAUUGUAAGGAUAUUUAAUCUGAUAAGCUUUGAGUAUCAUUAUCGCAACGAGAGAUAAGUUGAUUUCUUUUCUGUACUACUUUUUUCUUCUAUCGCUUCUUUUCUUAUUCUGAUUCUGUUUAUACUUUGUGUUCAAUGUAUCCAAGUUUGUGCAAAUUAAUUGUUUCUGAAAUUAUUUGAAUUUUUAGAGUUAUCUAGUUUGGAGAAGAAGAUACAAGAUUAAAUAUUUUCGAUAUUUUAUGGGAAUUUUAAUGUCAGGUUCGAUUCCAUAAAAGGAACCAUAUAUACAUGUUAUUUAGGAUGCAAGUAAGUGCACUUGUUGACUAUUUAUUAUUAACUAUUUAUUACAUGUUUCUUAAUAAUGUUAUAGCUGUUAUAGUUGAGUGACAAUUGAUCAGAAAUGCACUUUAUUCAUCCCUUCUAUCAAACGAGAUUUAGAAUGCACAUAAGAUGAAUAUAAUAUCAGGUUUCAAUUAAGAAUCUGAACCUUGACAUUCUAUAAUUUCUUACCAAAUUAAAUAACUUUAUAUCUCCAAAAUUUUAGAAACAAUUACUAUAAAUACUCUUAAAUUUAAUCUUUCGUAUAUUCUUUUUAUUGCUGUCUAAUUUAUGUGCAAUUCAAAACUUUUAAGUGGGAUCGUUUUUGUCUCAUUUUUCUUUUCCGUGUGAUGAAAUAAUGAAGCUUUAUAAAAAUUAACCAAUUUUUUGAACAAUAACUUAUUGAUAGACAGAUAUAGGUGGUCUGAGCUUUUAGAAGUUCGUUCGCUCAAUUCAGAUAAAAUAGGAAAGUUUGAUGCGACGUAGAAACAGUUGCUAAGAGAUGCGAGCAUUAUUCUUCUAAAGUGCUCAAACUUGAUUGAGGAUUUAUCAAGGAUAAAACGUCGUUGUAGUUGGAUACUACGAUGUAUCAAUUCAAAGAUUUAUUUAUAAUAAAAAUUCUGAAGAACGUAAAAAUA